GGUCCAACAGGCGAUGGUAGAUAACAUCGAUGAUAUCGUUGCGCACAUCAACUGGGACGAUGUAGAUCACAUCUUCCACAACGUUCUACACGAUGAUCUCUUCACUGUUCAUGAUCCCGAUCCCUCUGCACCCAAUUUCCAGGAUAUCGAGCAGCUUCUCAUGAACGACGACGAUGUUGAAGAUCAAGCUGAUACUCAAUUUGCGGCCGAAUUUCUCUCUGAUGUGCUGGUUGAUUCACCUGCUCAGUCCCAUCAAUCUCCCUCUGCUGAAGAAGAAGCCUUUGGAUUCCCCGAUUCCAAGGUUUCUAGUGGAUCCGAGGACGACAAGGACAAGGUCUCUCACUCGCCCUCUGACGCUGACGAACUGAACAACGAUGACCCCAUAGAUAAGAAGCGAAAGAGGCAAUUGAGGAACAGAGAUGCAGCUGUGAGGUCACGAGAGAGGAGGAAGUUGUAUGUUAGGGAUCUUGAGUUGAAGAGUAAAUACUUCGAAUCAGAGUGCAAGAGGCUGGGGUUUGUUCUCCAGUGUUGUCUUGCAGAAAAUCAAGCUUUGCGUUUCUCUUUGCAGAAUAGCAGUGCUAAUGGUGUUUCUAUGACCAAGCAGGAGUCUGCCGUGCUCUUGUUGGAAUCCCUGCUGUUGGGUUCCCUGCUUUGGUUCCUGGGCAUCUCAUGCCUGCUCAUUCUACCCAGCCAAACCUGGUCAAUUCCAGAAGAAAAUCAGGGAAGCAGAAACCCCGGGCUUCUGGUUCCAAUAAAGAGAGGAAAAAAGACUAGUCGGAGUUUGGCGUUCCUGUCCUUCAUGAUGGGCAAAAGAUGCAAAGCUUCAAGAUCGAGGAUGAAGUUCAACCCCCAUUCUUUGGGAAUUGUGAUGUGACUCGUUCUGAUCAAAUCCUUUCCCUUAGGUGGAUGUGAUGUGACUCUUUCUGAUCAAAUCCUUUCCCUUAGGUGGAUCAUGGUUCCUUUUAGUUCUUUAGUUUGUAUCAGUGACUCUGUGUAUGAGUCUUUCUUUGACAUCUGAAGGACAUAGUACGCUGUUAUUAAUUAAUGACUUAUGAGCUAUAUUU